CUCAAAAGCUAAGGAAAAUAAUUAGAAUCCUUACCUUUUCAACUUUUUCUAAAUUUAGAAUGUAUAAUUUAACAAUACUUAAUUCGAUGGUUCUAUAGAUUUAGGAUUUUUAAAUUUCACUGGUUUGAUGAUAAAUUUUGAGUUUUUUUAUUCUAUGCAAAUCAUAAAUUCAAGAUUUAGAUAAAUAUAAUAAAAAAUACCAAUAAUUUAAAUAACUUACGCACAAAAGAUAAUUAUAACAAAUAUGGUUGUCUCAAAAUCUUAAAGUUUUAAAUUUAUGCUGAUAUCAUUGGUUAAUAGCCUUAACUUGUCUGAUUUAGAAUUCUUUGGCAUAAACGAAUUAUAAGUUAAAAAUAUUAAUUAAUAUCCACUCUAAAAUAUUUAAGAUCCCGUUUUAUUUAAUAAAGAUCCAUCAUUAUAUAACUAACUUGAUUAAUAUCUUUUGAAUUUUGGUGGAAUUGAUAAUGCUUAAUUGUCAAACUUAACAAUAAACUUCUGUUAUAAUGUUGGAAUGCUAAAUUUAAACUAUUUUUAGGUAGGUUAAAAUACAAUUCAAAAUAGUAAUAUUUUAUAAGCAAACAAUAUUAAAAUAUACAAUUGUAGCUCUAUUAUGAAAGAACCUGCUAUAAAUUUAGGUAAUUCAUAAUCUAUUAUUAGCCAACUCAAAAUAUAUAAUUUAAGUUUUCAUAGUAAUAUUAUGAACCUAUUUUAUUUACAAAAUUUUAAUUUAUGCUAAUCUGAAUUUAUGAAUAUCAUACUUCAAAGUUAUUCAACUACAAUUUAUAAUUAUGAAACUUAGCUAAUAUAAAUUUCUGAAAUUAAAUUUUAAAAUAUUUCUUCGAUUCAAUCUGUGACUGUAUUUUUAACAAAAUUUGGAGAUAAAAUAAUAAUUCAAAAUUGUACAUUUGAAUAAAACAGAAAUAUCUUAGGAGACUCUUCUAAACUCAUUAUUGAUAACUAAAGCAUUUUCAAUAUAUAGAAUUAUAAAUAUUUAGAAGUUUUAGAGUCUAUUUUUAUUGAAAAUACUGGUUUUGGUAAUGGAGGAGCUAUGUAUGUAUACUAGGUUUAAAAAUCUCUUAUUUAAAACACAAAAUUUAUUUUAAAUUAAGCUUUAGAAAAUUCAGGAGGAGCAAUUUAUGCAUCUAAUUCUAAAAUUAAAUUAGAUUAGUGCACUUUUAAAGAUAAUAUUUCUAGAAAGGAAAGAGGAGGAGCUAUAUUCUCAGAUAAUACAUAGAUAUUUAUUAAAAAAACAAUGAUUAUAAAUAACAUUGCGUAUAUAGGAGGUGGAAUUUACUACAACUAACAAAAUAGUUUAGAGAUAGACAAAUUGAGUUAAAUAUAUAAAAACCAAGGAAAAUUUUAUGGAAGUAAUUUUGGUUCUUAUCCCAAAAAAUUAUUAUAAAUUGACCUAAGUACAAAAUAAGUUUACAAUAAAAUUAUAAUAAAAAAUUUUCAAAGUGGUAAUUAUACUAAAUAGCCUAUAUACGUUUAAUAUUUUGAUGAAUAAAAUGAAAUGCUUAAUUUUAAUAUUGCAGAAUAAAUUAAUUUACUUUCAUUGAGCAUUAAAGAAGAGCUAGAAAACUAUAAAAUACAAAUAGGAAAUUUGUCAGAAACAAAAAAUUUAACAAUUCUAUUGGGAUAGGAAUUAGUUUACAUUAAAAAAAUAAAUGCUUUUUAGCUUAACAUUACAGCUGGAAAUAUUUUUACAACUGAUUUCUAAUUGUUUUUAUUUUCUGAAUUUUCUGGCUAGUAUAUUGUCUUAGAUUUACUUCUUAAUUUUAGGAAAUGCUAAAAAGGAGAAAUUUUAUACCCAAAGCAAAGAUAUAUCUCUUGUGAUAAGUGCGUAGAAGGGACAUAUUCUUUAGUUGAUCCAAAUAUAUAAAAAAAUAAUUUCAAAAUUUAAUGCUAAUAAUGCUCAAAUAUUUACUUUAAAUAGUGUUAUUCAGAUUAAAUUAUACUAUAAGAUAACUAUUGGAGAGAAUAAAAAGAUACAGAUGUUAUCUAUUAAUGCUAAAUGCUAGGCUGUAGCGAAUCAGCUCCAAAUUAGAUAAAUGGCUGUAUCUAAGGCUAUGUAGGCCCAUUAUGUAAUGCUUGUGAUUAUAAAGGAACAUAAUGGGGUGUAAACUAUGCUUAAAAAGGUAAAUUAUGCUAAGUCUGUGGUAAGCAAGCCAACUCUUAUAUAUAUUUAGCUAUAAUAAUUUUGCUUUAUAGUCUUUACAUAAAAAUGAGUGUAAAUAGUUAAAUUUAAAGCCAUCUUUUAAUGAUAUAAAUUGAUUAUCUUAGAAAAAUGAACAUACUAUUUUUGAGCAAAACUAAAUUAAGAGGUUCUGAUACUGGAAUUAUUUUGAAGAUAUUUUUUCACUACUUACAAAUAUUUUCCUCUUCUAUUGAUAUAUUUUAUUAAAUACCUGAUUUGGUAGGAAACAUUUUUAAACUAGGUGGAGAUCCAUCUUAAAUAACAUAUACUAAUUUAGAUUGCAUUUACAAAGACUGGAUAAUCUCCUAGCUUUGGUUUAACAGACUAACUAUGCAAAUUGCCUAAUUAAUAAUAAUAACAGGGUUAGUCUUAAGUUAUAGAUAUUUACUCUAAAAGAAUAAUCAGAAAUUCUAUAAAAAAGAAACCUAUUUACUGUUUAUAUAUUUUUUCUUUUAUUCUUCGAUUGCUAAACUGCUAGUAUCUUUAUGUGUUUGUAAAAAAAUAGGAUUUAAUUACUAUAUGCUAAAUGAUCAUCUUUAAAAAUGCUGGACAUAUAAGCAUGUAAUAUUCUAAGUUGGUAUAAUUUAUCCUUUAACAAUAAUUUGGUCAAUAUUGAUACCUUUGAUGUUUAGUCGUAAAAUAAAAUCUGCAAUCUAAAAGAAAGAACAAAAUAAAAUUUAGUUUAUAUAAACAUAUUAUUUUAUUUAUUAAGGAUAUAAAUAAAAGUUUUAUUUCUGGGAAGUUCUUAAAAUGUUUUAGAGACUUAUCAUUAUGGCUGUUUUGAAUUUAGAUAUGCAAAAUAUAGUUUAAAGAUUAAUUAUACUGUCUAUCUGCUUUACAUAAUUAAAGAUAACAAUGGAAAAGAAUCCAUAUCAAUAAAAGCAAUCACGAAAUUUAGAAAUUUUAUUGUAAACAACUGUUAUUUUUUCUUUAAUAUUGCAAAUACUAAUCUACAUCUUUGAGGAAAAGCAAUUUAUCCAUUUUACUUUAAUAAUUAUAAUAAUCAUCAUAAAUUUCUAUAAUUUAUUAAAGAUUUCCUUUGAAUAUUAUAAAUCAGCUUUAGAUCUAAUAUUGAAAUCAAAAAAUAGAAAGACUAAAAGAUUUUUAAGUUUUUUAUACAAAAUAAAAAUCAUUAAAUUUGAUGUCAAUAAAAAUUAGAUAUAACUAUCAAGAAUAUGCUAUUUAUGGAAGAAGCUCUAUAUAAAUAGAAAGAAUUUAAUUUACCAAAUAUCCCUCAACUCUUAAAAGAGCUCUAAGAAUUCAAAUCCAAAAAGUUUUACUAAAAUAUAUUGA